GUUUUAUUCCUUCACUAACUGCGUCCUCUCCCACCCCAAAACUGCACACACGGGAACACUGCCACCGAGCAAUGUAGUGAGACCGCACCAAGCUGGCGGAAUGCGCGGGGUCGCCGGUCGCAAAGGAAUUCCAAUUGUUGCGCCUUAUUGUUUGAUCGUUUAUUUGUUGUUGUUGGAGAAUUCCUCCCCAUUCCCCGGCUGCAUCACGUGCAAGGACAACGCAUCCAAACUGACUUCUCUGGAAGAAGCUUAUUGAUGUGAAGAACACAGCACAAGGCAGAUUGAUCAACGGGUAUUCCAGCAUCUUCGUGCAACAUACACAGAUGCUGUAAAUCGGAUGUUGACUUGGAAGACAGGUUAAAGACAAGGAGAAUCCAGGAUCCAAUUCAGUUUUAUCUUCUCUUUCUACUCACCCAACCUUCCUUGGGGCAGAUAUUAAAAUGGAAAGUGAUGACGACCCUUUGGUGCAGCACCUGUGGUUGGAAGAAGAAGAGUUUGAUGUGUCGGUUAGCUCCCACAGAGGCGAAAAGCUCUGCAAGAGAUGCCACUGCAGCUUUAAAAGACUGUUCCAUGAUUUGAAAGUUAAAGGCUUUUGGGGAGUAGUUGGGUGGAUAUUUACUAACCCAUAUUGCACUGCCUUAAUAUUAGUAAUAGGUUGCACAAUUCCAACAAUUCUGACUGUUGUCAUGUUCAUGCAUUGUUCUAAUCUCGACAUAGAUAUAUCCUACAAUGCCUUUGAGAUUCGCAACCAUGUGUCUUCACAGCACUUUGAUGCAUUGACCCUUGCUUUAAAAUCCCAGUUUGGGUCUUGGGGGAGGAAUAGACGUGAUUUGGCUGAGUACACAUCUGCAACAUUGGAGAAACUCAUCAUUGAAGAAUUACAAAAACUGCACAGUAACAGUUCAGAGUUUGUUGCUGCCACUCAAGGUAAAACCAUUCAGAAAUCAAGUGAACCCCAAUGGCCAGAUGGAAUCCAACUACGGAAAAGAGACUUACUCACCCAUUCAGCCACAAACGAGAGCUACGACAGAUUCAGGGUACGGCGAGCAAGGGCUGUGUCGAGUAAGAACUUUCCAAGCACUUACAUUAAUGGAGACACGCAGACACAUGCCUUGUGGAGGAUGGAGCUCGUAUUUCUAGCAAGAGGUGAUGAUGAAAGGAACAUCUUCACCAAAGAGCGUUUAUUGACAAUUCAUGACAUUGAAAAAAAAGUCAUGGAUCAUCCUAGGUUUCGGGAAUUUUGCUGGAAACCUCAUGAAGUUCUCAAAGACAUGCCACUUGGUUCAUAUUCCUAUUGCUCACCUCCAAGUUCCCUCAUGACUUAUUUUUUCCCAACAGCACAAGGGGGAAGGAUAUACUAUGAUGGAAUGGGACAGAAGCUGGCAGAUAUCCGUGGAUCUCUUCAGCUGGCUAUUACUCACCCUGAAUUUUACUGGUACGUCGAUGAAGGUCUCACAGCAGAAAACAUGAAAAGUUCGCUGCUUCGUAGUGAGAUUCUAUUCGGAGCCCCACUUCCCAAUUACUACUCAGUAGAUGAUCGGUGGGAGGAGCAACACAAAAAGUUUCAAAAGUUUGUGAUCUCUUAUGUUGAUCUGUUGGCCUCACAGUCCACCAAGAAAGUGAAAGUCCUUUAUGGUGGAACAGACCUGUUUGACUAUGAAGUGAGACGAACAUUUAAGAAUGACAUGUUGCUGGCUUUUAUUAGCAGUGGAUGUAUAGCAGUCCUGGUGUAUGUUCUCACCUCAUUUUCAGCUUUUCUGACCUUCUUUGGAAUUGUCAGUAUUGGUUUGAGCUGCCUGGUUGCCCUGUUUCUGUACCACGUGGUGUUUGGUAUCCAGUACCUGGGCAUCUUAAACGGAGUAGCUGCCUUUGUUAUUGUGGGUAUUGGCGUGGAUGAUGUCUUUGUUUUCAUUAACACUUUUCGACAAGCAAGCCACCUUCUCAGCCCACAGGAGAGGAUGAUUCACACCAUCAAAACAGCGGGGAAAGCAACCUUCUUUACCUCAUUCACCACAGCUGCUGCCUAUGCAGCCAAUAUAUUUUCCCAGAUCCCAGCUGUCCAUGACUUUGGGCUCUUCAUGUCUUUAAUAGUGGCUUGCUGCUGGGUAGCUGUUCUGUUUCUUAUGCCAGCUGCGCUCUGCAUUUGGAGUCAGUACAUCUCACCUCUGGAGAUAUCCUGCUGCUCCAGCUGCCAACAUACAUGUAAAAGGAAAAACAGCAACUCGAUGCAAGAUUCAGGGGAAUGUGAUGAUUCACUUCUAGUCACAUACCAGGACUCAGUGUUGAUUGGCGGGACCCUCCAGUACCUGGAUGAUGACAUUCCUCUGCUAUCAGUUGAGGAAGAACCAGCCUCUGUGGACAAUGGAGAUGUACCCUUGGUUUCACUGGCACCUGAGGCCCCACCACCUGAAGAUGGGGUACACCAUCCAGGACAGCUAAUCACAUGGAUACAGGAUGCACUUUACCAUUUUGUUGCACUCUCUGCAGUGAAGGGUAAAUGGAUAAUUUUAGCUCUUUACAUUAUUACCCUGGUGAUGUCCAUUGGAUUCACAACACAACUGCGCCCUGCCAGCCGAGCCCCUUUACUCUUCAGCCCGGACACCAACAUUCAGGUGCUUCUCGACCUCAAGUAUAACCUCAGUGCAGAGGGCAUUUCGUGCGUUACCUGCUCAGGUCUGUUUCAGGAGAAACCCCAGCCUCUGCUGAAUAAUAUCCGAACCUCCUCAGAUAAGAAGAAGCGAGGACAGAGACUCCCAUGGAAUGAAGCAAAUGCAGCCCAAAAUGGUCUGUGGACCGUGUAUAUCACAAAGUAUGAAGAUGAUGUGCAACCCACAAUUUACAGAUUUUCUCUGGAUCCCUCUGUUCCAUCGCCAUGGCACCUCCUGUCUAUGAGGAAUGGAGAGAUCCCAUCAUUCAAAGUUUACACAGUGCCCUACGGCAACUUCACAAAGAAGCUGACUGUGUGCUCCUCAACUGUUGGGUUGCCAAGCCCCAAGUGUCCAAGGAAGUGGAUGAUCACAUCAUUAUCCUGCAAUGUUAGGAAAGGCUGGAAGUUCGAUUUCCAUUUCUAUGCAUCAGCAACAGAGCAACAUCACACUCAGAAGCUGUACUAUGCCCAGCUGAGGAAGGCUCCCUAUCACAGUCGGAUCUGCCUGGCACCUCCUGGCUGUAUUCUUAGUGGAGGACCCAAUGGCCCCAAUCAAGGGUAUUUCUACGUCCCCUACAAGAAAGCUUUCUCUGUAUCCAAUGUUGAAGAGACCCCAACUUUUGACUUCAACCCCUGCAUGAAUGACGGUUGCGGAAAACCAGCUGUCCGCCCUUUGGUGGACACGGGAGCCAUGGUCUUCGUUGUCUUUGGGAUUCUGGGAGUGAAUCGCACACGGAAACAGGAUAACCAUGUGAUAGGAGAUAUGGGCAGUGUCAUCUAUGAUGAGAGCUUCGACCUGUUCCAAGAAAUUGGGAAUCUGUGUAAGAUUUGCAAGGCCAUUGGCAGUAACCCAGAGCUGGUGAAGCCAGGAGGAGCUCAAUGUUUACCUUCUGGUUACAGCGUUUCUACCUUCUUGCAAAUGUUACAUCCCGAGUGCAAGAGCAUUCCGGAGCCCAACCUGCUUCCUGGACAGCUGUCUCACGGCGCUGUUGGAGUGAAGGAUGGCAGAGUUCAAUGGAUCUCAAUGGCCUUUGAGUCUACUACUUAUAAAGGAAAGUCCUCGUUUCAGACCUAUGCAGACUACUUGAAAUGGGAGAACUACCUCCAGGAGCAGCUCCAUCAGUUUUCCGAACAAUCAUCACUACGCCAUGGAUUUCAGACAUGUGAACACUGGAAGCAGAUUUUCAUGGAAAUAAUAGGUGUUCAGAGUGCUCUGUACAGUUUGAUGCUCUCUCUGGUAAUCUGUGUUGCAGCAGUUGCUAUUUUUACCACUCACGUUCUUCUACUUUUACCAGUGCUCCUGACCAUUCUAGGUGUUAUAUGCUUGAUGGUUGCAAUCAUGUACUGGUUUGGCUGGGAAAUGGGAGCAGUGGAAGCCAUCUCAUUGUCCAUCCUGGUGGGCUCUUCUGUGGAUUAUUGUGUCCAUCUCGUUGAGGGUUACCUGCUGGCUGGGGAAACCCUUUUGACAGCUGAGACCGAUGAUAAAUGCAAAACAGGGAAAUGGAGGACUCUGGCAGCUGUGCGACAUGUUGGGGUUGCCAUCGUGUCAAGUGCCAUCACCACUAUCAUAGCAACAGUCCCUCUCUUCUUCUGUAUCAUUAUUCCAUUUGCCAAGUUUGGGAAGAUCGUUGCCCUGAAUACCGGCAUCUCCAUCCUGUACACGUUAACUGUUAACACAGCCCUGCUCAGCAUUCUGGCUCCAAGUGACUUCUAUCGCUCAAGAAGCUCUUUUCUCAAAGCAGUUCUCGGAGUAGUUACUGUAGGUGGUGGAGGAUUCUGCAUCUGUCUCAUACUGAUUAAAUUAGGAAUCAAAAUCCCUCUCCCCAAUGUAUCAGGACUGUAAUUUAUUUAUACAUUUAAUAUAAGAGACUUCAAAAACAAUGCUUAAAAAAAAGGGAAAUUCAUCAUAAUGCAAAAAAAAACCCACAGCCAUUGCCAUUUUAUUUUGUAAACCUUUCCCUUCCUGUGUGGUAGAUAAUCGUUGGCUCACUGAGGCUACUAAGUACGAUAACGACAAGGGAUGGAGUGAGGGCAGUUUCCCUGCUGGUUCGAUGGACUCUGAACUCUUUCACCAUUUUUUGAGGAAAAGUUUAAACAGUGGAAUGAAUGGUCUUUCUCAGUAGGUUCUAGUUACCUUUUACACUGCUUGCAUAUAACAGUGAAGAAAUCUAUUCAUCACUUCUGAAAGCUAUCAAGUUAACACUGGAAAAAGCCACUUUGUUUUUCUUUACUCAUAUUUUUCUCAGUUAUCAGUUGGCUGUGUUCCAUCUUCCAGCUGAGCCAAGGUUGUUUUUAUUUGAAUGGGUUUCUUCCAAGUUGUUAUCAGUGUCCAUGGUCAGGCAGCAGGAACGCCAGCCAGAACUGAGAAUUCACAUCGUUUGUACAUUCUCUAUCCCGGCGUAGGAACAUGAUCUGAGAAAGGGUGACGCCAGCCAGAACUGAGAAUUCACAUCGUUUGUACAUUCUCUAUCCCGGCGUAGGAACAUGAUCUGAGAAAGGGUGACACGUUCUGACUGUACGUUAGAACAGUACAGCACGGGGUUAGAGCAGUACAGAAAGGGUGACAUGGAGCACUGACUGUACGUUAGAACAGUACAGCACAGGAACAGGCCCUUCAGCCCAUCAUGUUGCAGGAUGAGUUUUUCUUUUAGUCAAUUUUCUUUUAUUCGGUGUUUUAGUUGUUUACCCAGAUAUUUCUUCAAGUUCAUGCCCUUGCUUCGCUUCUCCUAUAGUCCCAUGGAUGGUGUCAUGCACUCUAUCACCCAAGUGCUGUUCUUCACCCAUGGGUGCUAAAUUGGUGUUUGUACAACACUGCCAGCAGAGAUGAUUCAGGUACUCAUUUUGGCCAAGCAGAGUUUAUCCUUUCCAUUGCCAUCCAUAAUAGAACUAGAUGUCCAAACCCACACAUUGCAGGGUAAUACCAUGAACCCUUUACACGUGGCAGCAGGGAAAGCGAUGACACUUAUUCCUGUUUGUUCAUGCUUUUCAUGGGAUGUUAAAUGGAUUAUGAAAAGGAAAACAACUUGUAUCGAUCUCAGUCCUCUGGACUUCUCAAAGCGCUUCACAGUCUCACAAUAAUUGUAGAAGUGCAGCUGCUAUUAUGUAGACAGACUAACAAGGUGGCCAAUUUACACUCAGCAAGGUUCCAGCAAUGAGCAGCUAACGUGUUGUGGCAGGGUUUUCAAGAGGGAGAUCCCUCUGCUCUUGAUGCAGAAUAUUUGGAACUUCAAAUGUACGAGCCUCAGUUUCAUGUCUUGUUUGGGAGGUUGCACCUCUGACAAUGCACUUUGAGCCAAGCCAAUGUCCAUACUUUAAGUAAUGUGGUUUCUCAGAUAUGUUGUGUAGACCUACAAGAAAUGUCAGACUGGUUAGUGUCAUAGAGUUGUACAACAUAGAAACAGAUCCUUUGGCCCACUGCUUCUAUGCUGACCAUCGUGCCUAUCUACACUAAUCCUACUUGUCUACAUUGAUUCAAUAUCCCUCUUAUGCCCUACUCAUUCAAAUACCUGCCCAGAUGCCUCUUAGAAGUUGUUACUGUUCCUGCCUCUCCCAUCUCCUCUGGCAUUUCAAUCCAGUUACUAAUUACUCUUUGUGGAAAAAAUGUUACCCCUCAGGUCCUCUUGAAACCUCCGCCCUUUAACCUUGAUUCUUCUCCAUUGCAUGCUCCUCCUUUAAGGAAAAAUCUCACUUUCAAACCAAAUUCAAUCCACGUUAAAAGAUCUGAAAACCUUGGAUGAAGCCAGAGGUGUAGGAACCAAGAGGUGACUGAAAUGGCAUUGUUCAGUGGCAAUUGCCAAGUAUGACUGAACUUAGGUGUUUAAACCAGUUGGAAGUAGAAUGUACUAAUGGUGCGAGGUAGUUGGGUAGCGCAUAGGGCAGGAAAGUUAAAAGAUAUUUGGUGUCUCCUCAAAGUGAAAGAUCUGAGACAUGGCUCACUGUUUAGAAAGUGGAAGUGUAUGUAACCAUUAUUAAAAAGAUCAAUUUAUAGUCUCUAAUCCAGAAGAAGGGGAUUACAUAAAUGCUACACAAAUUAUUUAAUUGCAUCUAUAGAUUAACCAUUAUGCAAAAAUCAAUGCAUUCAUCUUGUUUAAAGACCACUGCCAUACAACAGUAGCUCACACAUAACACAACCUGACUGCGCCCAUUCUUUAGUACACACUUGAAUGCAAACUGGUGCUGUUGGUCUACAUCCAGAAGUAGAUUUUUACAUCAAACAUAAUGGAUGUUUUUAACUUGGAGUCUGUGCUCCUUGCAAGCAUGAGCCAAAAACACAAGAGGCCAAGUAUUCUGUUAUCCCGUAACCCUGGCCAUGAAGCCCAGGUGAAAAUUGUUUGGCUCUUGCAUUCUGUUAACCUAUGUUCACCUGUCUUAUUUAAAAUAGAUUCAUAGAAUCGUACAGCACAGAAACAGGCCCUUCAGCCCAUCUUGUCCAUGUCAACAGUGAUCCCUAUUUAUGCUAGUCCCAUUUGCCUGCAUUAGGCCCUUUUCUAUCCAAGUACCUGUCCAAGUACCUUUUAAACAUUGUCAUUGUACCUGCCUCCACCACCUCCUCCGGUAGCUCGUUCCAGAUAACCACCACCCUCUGUGUGAAAAACUUACCCUUCAGAUCUCUUUUGAAUUUCCCCCUCUCACCAUAAACCUAUGCUUGCUUGUUCGACAUUCUCCUGCCCCAGGAAAAGGACAGACUAUCUAUCUAUAUCCCUCGUAAAAUAGCAGACACAAAAUAUAAUUAUGUCAAAUGCUGGCACUGAACCACAUUUAAAUGAUCCUGGAUUCAAAUCUGUCAGUGCUGUGUUAAUUAAUUCUAGUUUCAUGUUCAUGUUAGCGAAUGUCAUUCAAUCAGUGAAGUGUGUUCACUGUGUGUAAUUUAGGAAACGUGGCAUCCAAAUUGUGCAUCACAAGGUUCCACAAACAGCAAUAUGGGUUCUUCUGCUCUGGUGAUAUUGAUAUUAGUUAGGACCCUGGAUAAAACUCCCCACUUCUUCUUCAAAAGAGUGACAAGGAACCUUUCAUAUUCACUUGGGAGAACAGACAGGCUCUUGAUGUAGUAACAGUGGCACAGCUUGUAGAGCAGUUACAGCAACCUGGGUUCAAUCCCGACCUCUGGCACUAUUUGUAUGGAGUUUGCACCUUCUCACAGUGACUGUGUGGGUUUUCCCUAUCUGCUCCAGUUUCCUCCAACAUCCAAAAGUCAUGAGGGUUGGGAACGCACGCAGUCUUUUUCCAGGGAAAGGGAAUCAAAAACUAGAGGGCUACAUGAAGGGUCUCGACCCAAAAUGUUGCCUGCUUGUUUCCCUCCAUGGAUGCUGCCUGGCCUGCUGGGGUCCUCCAGCAUUUUGUGUGUGUUGCUCCAAAAACAAGAGGGUAUAAGUUUAAACUGAGAAGGGAAAGGGACCUGAGGGGCAAUUUCUUCACACAGAGGGUGGUGAGUAUAUGGAGCGAGCUGCCAGAUGAAGUGGUUGAAGCAGGU